GCAAAAUGGCGUUUGACGGAGAAUGGCUAAACGCGGGCAUUAUAGUCCCGUAUUUUUAAUUAGUGCAUACAUGUACACAUAUAUGCCGUCUGAUAGAUUAAGCUAGAUUAAGCGUUGUUAGAAAUAAUUUGUAUUCGGAUACAUUAGUCUGAGCGUACGAUGGCACGUCUCGUGCUAGCUUAGUGUGCUAGUUAGCUUAGCUUGUUAGCCGCUAACAAAGAGACGUGGAAGUUAUCAACUCAUCGCUAAGCAGAGAUCAAGUGUGAGUGUAAAGUGUUGUGAUUGUGUGAAAAUGUGCGAAAGAACGAUAGCAGAGUACGAGGAGGAACUGUGUCCAACAAAAGAAGACAAUGAGGUGGACGCUGUUUUCAAGAAGCAUCAAAUUGUUACACACAGAACAGCCAAGUUACAAUAUGUCUGCCUGACUGCGGACAAGUAGCUUAACUGAGGCAGGAGCUCUACUUCAUAAUUUGAGGGCUUCAGCGGAGAAUAUAAGAACACUUUCAAUGUAACAAGGGUCGGGCUGAUUGCACCUGCGUGCUGCGGCACCUGAGAGGCCACACAGCGGUGCCUUUCUCCCCCCGACAGCCAAGCAGCCUGGAGCACUCGUUCCAUUGCGAGUUUACACCGCAGCAUCAUCAAGUGCAACGUUCCAGCUCUUGGACAUCGAAGCAAGGAGGAAGAAAAGAUGUCUGGGAAGAUCAUCUUCUCCCUGAGCACCAGGAGUGGAGCUUCAGGAUGGAGCAGGAGGAGCCACAGACCUCCCACAUUAAGGAGGAAGAUGAAGCGUCACAGACGCCUCUCGUUAAAAACGAAGAGGAAGACCCACGGACCCCCCAUAUCAAAGAGGAAGAGGAGGAAAUCGGCAUCAGUCAGGAGGGAGAGCAUCUUAAAUGGUUGGAGGAGUUCCCAGUGAUUGGUGUGAUUGUGAAGAGUGAAGAUUAUAAGGUCAAAGGUGAAAGUGAGGAGAAGAGAGAAGUGGAGCCUCCAAGCAGCAGCUCAAUUCAACACAUGACAACAGAAGCUGAUGGAGACCACACUGAGGAUGAAGACUCUAAAGCUGAUAAGACGUGUCACACUGACAACACACGCUUAAAAUGUUCUCACUGUGACAAAACUUUUCAACGCCCUAGUGGCCUUAAAAGACACAUGAGAAUACACACUGGAGAAAAACCCUUUUCCUGCUCAGAAUGUGGUAAAAGUUUUUUACGAAAAUAUGUACUGAACAAACACAUGCUGAGACACUCUGGGGAAAAAGGUGAAAGUGAGGAGAAUCGAGAAGUGGAGCCUCCAAGCAGCAGCUCAACUCAACACAUGACAACAGAAGCUGAUGGAGACCACACUGAGGAUGAAGACUCUAAAGCUGAUAAGACGUGUCACACUGACAACACACGCUUAAAAUGUUCUCACUGUGACAAAACCUUUCAACGCCCUGGUGAUCUUAGAAGACACAUGAGAAUUCACACUGGAGAAAAACCCUUUUCCUGCUCAGAAUGUGGUAAAAGUUUUUUACGAAAAUAUGUGUUGAACGAACACAUGCUGAGACACUCUGGAGAAAAGCCUUUUUCUUGUUCAAUCUGCGGUAAAGAUUUUGUACAAAAUCACUAUUUGAAAGCACACAUGAGAUUACACAGCGGAGAAAAACCUAAUACCUGUUCAAUCUGUGGUAAAGGUUUUGUAAGACGUUCCAAUUUGAAAACACACAUGAGAACACACACGGGAGAAAAACCCUUUUCCUGCUCGUUAUGUGGUAAAGGUUUUGCUCACAACUAUUUGGUGAAAGAACACAUGCAAAUACACACUGGAGAAAAACGUUUUUCCUGCUCAGUAUGUGAUAAAGGUUUUGUACGGAAACAUUUGUUGAAAGAACACAUGAGAAAUCACACGGGAGAAAAACCUUUUUCAUGCUCAGUAUGUGGUAAAAGCUUUGCCCGGAAUACAUUUUUGAAGGAACACGCAAGAACACACACUGGAGAAAAACCUUUUUCCUGUUCAAUCUGUGGUAAAAGUUUUGCACGCUCAAAUAAGUUCAAAGUACACAUGAGAACACACACAGGUGAGAAAGUGUUGAGUUGCAGUAUGUGCGGUGAAAGAUUCUCUUUUCAGUACCAGUGUAAGAAACACACGUGUGCUGGUUAAAACAGCAGCAGCAAAUGAAGUCAAAACUUUAACUUUGACGUUCUAACGACAUCAGUACAUUUAACAUGUGUGACAUCAUUGUUGUGUGUGUAACACUCUCCAUGCAUUGAUUUUCCACCGCUUGUCCCUUUCAAACUUCUACCAUUUAUAAUUGGAUAUUUUAGAUUAUUGCUUCUUUCAGUCAAGUACAUGGAUUAAUACACAGCAUUGUGUACUUUUAUUUCAAAUUGUACAGAACAAUUUAACUGUAAAGGUGACAGUAAAUUGUACAAAACAUAUGUGACAUACAUUAAACAUGUUAUGUGUAUAUAGAUAUUCAUAAUUCACUUGUUUUUUAUAUGUUUUUGAAAUUAUGAAGUGUUACAUAUUUUCAAUUCUAAUUGUAAAUGAUUGCAUAGAUUAACUCCUUCAUUUGAUAAAAAUAUUUGUUUUACAUUUUUAAUGGUAUUAUUUCCAUGGAGAGGUCUGAAAUCACAG